CUAUGGCUUUCGAUAAAAACAUGGUGAUUUUCUUUCUAAUUUUCAUGGCCUUUUGUAGAGGAGUUUCCAUGGCUGCUGUCUACCAAGUCGGCGACUCCGCUGGUUGGACAAGCGUGGGUCAGGUUGACUACCAAGAAUGGGCUGCCAGCAAGAAUUUUCACGUCGGUGAUACUCUUGUUUUCAAUUACAACAGCCAGUUCCACAACGUGAAGCAAGUUACACAACAGGCUUUCGAGGCAUGCAAUGCUACGUCCCCAAUAGCUACUUACACCAAUGGCUACGAUACAGUCACUCUUGAAAAGCUUGGCCACUUCUACUUCAUAUGUGGCUACCCUGGUCACUGCCAAGCAGGACAACAGAUCGAUAUCCUGGUUUCUUCACCCACUUCAAGUUUGAGCCCUUCGCCAUCAACUGAUCAGACCACAGAACCUAGCGCUGCUUCGUCUCUUUAUUUUAGUUAUAAUGUGUGUUGGACUUUGGGUGUGCUUCUAGCGUUCUGUCUCUCAGGAUUUCACCGUCUUUCAACCAUGGCUUUCGAUAAAAGCAUGGUGAUUUUCUUUCUAAUUUUCAUGGCCUUUUUUAGAGGAGUUUCCAUGGCUGCUGUUUACCAAGUCGGUGACUCUGCUGGUUGGACAAGCAUGGGUCAGGUUGACUACCAAGAAUGGGCUGCCAGCAAGAAUUUUCACGUCGGUGAUACUCUCGUUUUCAAUUACAACAACCAAUUCCACAACGUGAAGCAAGCUACACAACAGGGUUUCGAGGCAUGCAAUGCUACGUCCCCAAUAGCUACUUACACCAACGGCUACGAUACAGUCACUCUUGAAAAGCUUGGCCACUUUUACUUCAUAUGCGGCUACCCUGGUCACUGCCAAGCAGGACAAAAGAUCGAUAUCCUGGUUUCUUCACCCACUUCAAGUUUGAGCCCUGCUCCAUCAACUCAGACUUCAGAGCCUAGCGUUGCUUCAUCUCUUUAUUUUAGGUAUAAUCUGUCUUGGAUUUUGGGUGUGCUCCUAGCUUUCUGUCUCUCAGGAUUUGCUUAUUAGGAAAGGUUCUCGAGUUACCAGCAAUCUGUAGGGUUUAAUUAGUGCUCCC